GUUUCAGGUGUUGGUCUACGGUGGGGCGGAAAGGCGGCAAGCAGGAGAUAGGAGUGGGCAAAGGAUGUGAACAUGUUGGCACGAUUAUUCACGAAAUUGGGCACGCUCUUGGAUUCUGGCACGAACAGAGCAGAAGUGACCGCGAUUCGUACGUGAGAGUUGUCUGGAAAAACAUCGAAUCGGACUACGAUAAACAAUUCAGUAAGUGCAAGUUCAAUUCCUGCAAGGGACAUAAAGUUGCAUUUUUCGCUUCUGUUCCUGGUUAGAUGUAAUAAAUGUAUAUAAAUUUCUACUCGACAAAUUUCAUUCAACAAUACCCAUCAAAUAUUUUUCAUUCGAGUGAGAUGCUAUAAAAAUCUUAAAAUUUAAAUUGUAAAAAUUUAAAAAAAAUAUUAAUUCGAGUGAGAUGCUAUAAAAAUCUUAAAAUUUAAAUUAAAAUUUUUAAAAAAUAUUCGUUCGAGUGAGAUGCUAUAAAAAUCUUAAAAUUUAAAUUAUAAAAAUUUUAAAAAAAUAUUAAUUCGAGUGAGAUGCCAUAAAAAUCUUAAAAUUUAAAUUAAAAUUUUUAAAAAAUAUUCAUUCGAGUGAGAUGCUAUAAAAAUCUUAAAAUUUAAAUUAUAAAAAUAAAAACUCUGAGAUUUAGGCUGUUUCUUGUCCCCGUACUAGAUUAAACCUUGCCCAAAUUUGCUCAUAUAUUUCAAGUUGAUCUCUACGAUAUAAAACACUUAACUGAAACUCACUUAUAUUAUUUUCAGAUAAGAUGGACGCGAAUAUGAUGGACAGUAUGGGAUAUGCCUACGACUAUGAGUCAAUAAUGCAUUACGGCAGAAAAUUUUUCACCAGCAACGGCAAAGACACUAUACGCGUUCGCAGGCGGCCAGGCUUGGGGAAUGUCAGCUUGGGGCAUGUCAACAUGGGGCAGAGGAAACGUUUGUCUGAUAUCGAUGUCGCUCAAAUCAACGCUAUGUACAACUGUAACAAGAUAGCAACACCUACAUCAGGUGAGGGUUACAUCUUAUCACGACUUAUGGACUUGUACUAAACAGGGUGUCCCAAGAAAUUGAAGAGUUGCUUGAGAGUUGAUCAGGUUUCAGCCUGGCAUCCAUAUUGUCGUAAUGGUUGUAAAAAUAGAGUCACGGCCAGAUUAUUAUAGUUUAUACCUGUAAACCACAUAUAAAUCAUAAGCAUUCUCUAGUUCUAAUCACUCCGCGUAUUUUCAGUUCUAAAAUAUUGUAUUUCGGCUGAUGAGAAAGAUCGUGACUCAAUCUUUAUUAGCAUAGAAUGACCAGUUUCCGAGGAUCCCUCUGUAAACCACUACUCGUGAAGUUGGUAUCAUCAUUAAAAAUUAUGUUCAUUCAUUCAGUUGCCAUGUUCAACAUACCUCGCGCCAAGCUCUAGGCGUAUACAAAGGAUGCUAUCCUCGGUGUAAGAUUUGCAUAAUUUCCACAUAUCUUUCUCUUUUCCCCUCAGAGUUUGGACUUCAAAGGCGGCCAUUUUUCGUUGUGGGGCGUCCCAGGACGCCUGGAUGCCCUUUUCGGCUAAAUGCCUGCUGCACGCUCCUGGUUCGGUCUGAAACUAAAAUAUAGGAAAUUUUUAAUUACCGAUGUAUAACUCGAAAAAUGUCCAUCUGCAAAAAAGCGGCAUUUUUAAAUCGGAUCGUAUUUGGCUAUUUUUUAUCGCAAUGAUACAACAAAGGUAUCAUUCGACAGCUAAAAGCCUGAUCUUCAAUAAUUGGUAUGAAAAAGUAUAAAUGGCUAAACGUAAUAUUCUAUUCUCUCUGUAGCGAAAUGCAUCAAAAGCAAGACCAAGGACGGCCGAGAUUACAACGGCAUGCUGAGCUACACGGAAAAAGGCGUGACUUGUCAAUCGUGGAACAGCAAUUAUCCGCACAGAAACGCCGUCGUAACGCACAAUUACCAUAGCGAUUACAAAAUGGGUUUAAUGGUAAAGAAAAACCGCGAUCACUACAUGUACCACAACUACUGCCGAAAUCCGCAAGGAAAACGAAAGCGUCCUUGGUGCUAUACCACUAAGACGAAACCAAAAUGGCAGUAUUGUGACUUAAAGAUAUGUUGAAGUCAGUUUGGUUCGAAUUAAACUCCCCUGCAUGAGGUGGCGAUGUGUUAGCUGAUCAAUGCAUACGCCCACGGUAAAUUAAAUCCUAUACCAUUGAUGGGAUCGGUUGAUAUUUAUACAAUGUAUAUGUAACAGUGUCUUAUUCAAAACAAUGAUAAACCAAUGCUAUAUUAAGUUAAAUAUACAAUACGCCUUCUGAAAAGUAUACCCGAACUUUGCUAUCGUUUUGAUCUUGUUGGUAAAAGUUUAGCAGAUCCAACCAUUAUAAAGUCAACCCAACCUCGGAUAUCAAUUAAAAAAUAAAUAUCCAUUUACUUUUUUCACGUACCAAUAGAGCGUUUGCACAUGACGUCACAGCCGCCAUGUUGGUGUUCCAAUGGACCAUUUGCAUUAUAGACUAAAUUUUGAUCUAGACAAAAAUUUCAUCGCAGCUUGAAAGAGCAUCACAAAAUUAGUAAUAUUCCAAAGUUUCGUUGCGAAAUGUUGUAAAAUGCGGAUAAUAUAGCCAUGCGAAAUUUGCAAUUUUCAGUCAUUUUGUAUUGCAAACGGAAAAUUGAUGCCCCAACACCCGAUUGGGCUGUCAAUUUCCCGUGCGUAAUACAAAAUGACUGAAAAACGGCAAACUUCGCAUGGCUAUAUUAUCCGCAUUUUACAACAUUUCGCAACGAAACUUUGGAAUAUUACUAAUUUUGUGAUGCUCUUUCAUGCUAUGAUGGAAUUUUGUCUAGAUCAAAAUUUAGUCUAAAAUGCAAAUGGUCCAUUGGCCUUUCUCACGAUGACAAAUAUCCGCCAUUUUUUGGGUGGCAUCUAAUUCUCAUUAACCAAUGCUGAGAAUUAACUAACCAUUUACAAAAUCAAAAAAAUUCUAAAAAGUCGCUGUUUUGUGGACUUAUCUCGCAGACUUCGGCUGAAAUGCCACCCGGCCAAAAAUGGCGGCGCGAGAAAAGCUAAUUCAAAAGAAUUUUAAUUAGACUCUUUUGUCUGGAACACCAACAUGGCCGCCACGGCUUUUGUUGAAAGGCUCUAUAAAGCUAAGGUUAAUUAAAGAACAUUGGCAAUAAAAAAUUAGUUUGUCUUAUUCAAAAGAACUCUUAAUUAAAUUAUAUAUUAAACUCUAUCACCGAUUUGGGCCUACUUUGUUCUCGAAAUAUUUAGACUGAAAUUAAUGAGCUGUCCGCCAUCUUGGACCUCAUUAACUAUGGUUUUGAUGACGUCAGGAGUUGGGUUAACCAUAUAAAACUACUCUAAAAUGAUCGAGUAACAAUCCAAAAUUGUUUGAAAUGUUUUUAAUCAUUUCUAAAUUUUUGACAGCAACCACAAACGAAGUUUUGGACCCACAUUAAUCGUUUAAUCCAAGACUGCGAACAACUCACGUUUUUCAGUUGAAAUAUUUUGAAAAAUAAGCAAUACAUAAACAAUCUGUAAUAGAGUUUAAUACAUAGUUUUAAGAGUUCUUUCAAAUGAACUAAACUUUUUAUUGCCAAUGUCCUUUAAGUACUUUUUGGAAGGAUAUUUAUGCCUGCACAUACUCACAUGCCAAGUUACCACUGUUCUGAUAAUGUGAGUAGCUUCAAUUUAUAUAAAUGAAUCAGUAUGGAUAGACUAUGGGUUCAUUAUGUAAAAUAGAUUAAUGAUUUCACAAGAUUUUUAUUUCGUUUUUGUAAGCGCAUUGAAAUGUACUACGUAUGACGUUACGUUGCCAUAGAAACAAUAUAUAUAUAUAAGAUAGCGUAAAUCACGUGACAUUAAGUUAAAAUAGUCCUGUCGUUUAUGUCAAAAGUUUUACUUAUCAUCUUGUAUUCAAU